AUGGAUUCUACUUCUUUCAGCAAUAACUUCACCAAUGUGACCUGUGAUGUGUACGUACACUUCAAGGCAGCGAAAAUAAUCUUCACUUUGUUCUACAUCAUUGUUUUCACGGUUGGCUUAUCAGGAAACAUAUUAGCACUGUAUAUAACUUUCCAGAAACAUCCAAAGAUUAACUCGACCACGCUUUACUUAAUCCACCUUGCAGCCUCCGAUGCCCUGUUUACACUUGCUCUACCGUCUCGGAUCGUCUACAUAGUCCGAGGGUUUGACUGGCCUCUGGGCGAGGGGCCAUGCCGGAUUUUUGCAGUUCUCUUCUACAUCAAUACAUACGUCAGCAUCAAUUUCAUGACGUGGUUGAGCAUUGACCGUUACAUCGCCAUGGUGCAUCCCCUUCGGUUUGCCAGGUUCCGCAAGGUCCAAAAUGUCAAGUAUAUCUGUGCUGCCGUCUGGGUGUUCGUCUUCCUCCAGACUUCUCCCCUGCUCUUCAUCUCGAUGACAAAAGAGAACAAAGGCUUGACAACCUGCAUGGAGUACCCAAACUUUGAAAGCAAUCCCAACCUGCCCAAGAUGCUGCUCGGCGCCUGUCUCCUGGGCUACUGCCUGCCGGUGGUGAUCAUUAUCUUCUGCUACUUUCGGGUCAACGUGAAACUCUGCAGGAUUGCGAGGGAGAACCCCUUAACUGAGAAACUAGGUAGGAACAAGAAAGCCAUCACCGUGAUUCUGUUAGUUCUGUUGGCAUUCCUGGUCUGCUUUACGCCAUAUCACAUCACCAUCAUGCAGUACAUGAUCAGAAAGCUGGUGUCAUCGCAGAACUGCUGGCAACAACAGACCUUCAAAACAAGCCUGCAGGUGUCUGUUUGCUUCAUGAACCUCAACUGCUGCAUCGAUCCACUCAUCUACUUCUUCGCGUUCAAGGGCUACAAGAAGAAGGUUCUGGAAAUAAUAAGACGCCACAUUACGCUGCCCGCAUUCCAAUCCUCCAGGACCAUCUCGGAGAACAACAGCACUCAUGCCACCAGUCAGAUCCAAGGCUCGGGAUCAGGAUCCGCACACUGA